GGCGCACGGAUUGAGUGACAACAUGAGGUCGAGCUCUCCUGCAAAGUUGUUCAGCGGGUGUAAAGUUACGAGCGGACAGGACACACCUCUAGAGGGAGUUCCCGGGGAGGUGGAAACAUAGAGCUGAUCAUUUCUCCUGCAGAAAAGUCAGGAGUGCUUUCACUUGGAAGAGAGCGGUCGUCCGAGCCUGCGGUCGUGCGUCUUUAACCCAAAGCAGCGAGUAAGUAGCCGUGCCACGAGAGGAAAAUGCCCGGGAUGGGCAACUCUUUACGCGCGGCUGCCCUCUUGGCUUUCGUGGUUCUUUCUAUUCUCGUGUCACUUUUGAUUAGCAGCGUGCAGCAGUUUGGAGCUAGAAUAUCCCACUUUUCCAAUGCAACUCUUGCUGGUGAUGAGGGGGAGUCUGCGUCGCUCCGCGGGGCGUUGAUCUAUCAACUGAACGAGAGGCGCAAAGAAAUCAUUCCGCUGCUUUUACCAGAUGAUGAUGGUGGUGAUGAAAACGCACUACCCGGGGAGAGUGGAGAUUCUUCCCAACUUGGUCAAGCGCUAGACUCCACUUUGGAUUACAGCCUGUGGAAAGAGAUCACGCAUGGCUCCAGGAAAGCGCAUAUGGAUGAAAUGGGUUGUGAUUCUCUGGUGGACAUGCAGGCGGUGGAGGUACUCGGGUCUGGAUACACCAAACUGGUUGUCAAAGUGAAUCUAGCCGGAGGUCAACCCGUGGCGUUAAAACUCGUCAACGAGCAGGGGAUUGACAUGGGGAAGUGUGUGGAGGAUUUUAAAGACGCUCAAGGCUGCCGUGAGCUCGUUUCUUACAAGUUGAAGAAAGAAAUCGUCCUCUUGCAGAGGCUGCAGCAUCCAAACGUCAUAAAGCUCAAAGGUCACUGUGCUGGAGAUGCAGAAGGAAGAGGAGGAGAGGGAGGAAGAGUCACAGUCAUACUGGAGCAAGGGAAUCCUCUCCAGAUGAUCCAGCUGCUCCAGAGUCCCUGGGAGGACAGAUUCAGGGUGUGUCUGGAUCUGGUCAGGCUCCUCCACUUCCUGUCCCAGUCUCCUCUGGGCUCCGUGGCUCUGCUGGACUUCCAGCCUCGCCAGUUUGUCACCGUGUCUGGCGAGCUGAAACUCACUGACCUUGACGACGCCAGCGCAGAGGAGACCUCUUGUCGCACGGAUGCAGACUGCACUCUCCAGUUCCCGCACAGAAAUUUCACUCUGCCGUGCUCGGCUCAGGGAGUGUGCGAGGGCCUGAGUGAGAAGAGGAACAUUUACAACGCCUACAGGUAUUUUUUCACCUACCUGCUGCCUCACCAAGCCCCGCCCGGGCUCACACACCUGGUGGACCACAUCAUGAACUCAACAGGGGAGCUGAAAGCUGACAUCAAUCAAACGCUGGAGGCCUUUGAAAAUAUCCUCCUCCUCUACAAGUCUGGCCUGCACCUGGACAACGUACCUCCAUCAAUAAUCAGAGAUUACACCGUGAUGCGAGGCAUGGGGACCUCUGGGAACGUGGAGUACCGCUGCUGGCCGUCCUACAGCCAGCAGGGCUGCGUGCUGUCGGUGCACAGCGUCAAAGAGGCGGCGUACAUCUGUAACUCCCACUCUCAGUGUAACAGCUUCACUCUGACCGGACAGAAGACGUGGACGGGUCGCCUCCUGGCCUCCUUCAGGAGCAGCUUCAGUCAUCUGGUGCCUGAUGGGACAUCAGAGGUUUAUGUGAAAAAAACCAAAGCUCCCGACACGAAGGAACAAACAAAACAGUCGUAAUGGAGCAGCAGGAUGAUGAGAGAUAAGAACUCUCUAAUGUUGCACUCAAGAAUGAGAACUGUAUCCUCCUCGCGGACAACGCAGCUUUGCUCUGUGGAUUUGGAGUGUAGAGGCUGGGUCGCAGAGGAGGAGGAGGAGGCGUUUUGAAGUGAGGCAAGUGAAUGUGAUGUAUUUAUAGGGCUUCUGCUCAGUGACUGUUUGAUCCGCCUACCAGCUCACUGCCUCUGCCAACUACUAUUUAAAGGGAUUUCCCUUCAGGUACAAUUAAGGAGGGGAGAGCCGUGUGCCCUCGACAUGUUUUUUUUUUUUUUUUUUUUUUCUACCUUGUCUUUAUUUGCCAUGUGUGUUGGCUUUCAUUGUGAGGCUGGGGUCCCCGUAGUAGGAUUUUAAGCCAAAGAGGUAAUAAGAACAGCCGCUGCAGCUCAGCGUUUGAAGCCUGAGGACGAGAAAAGAAAACAAGCUCUUAUACAAAUACACUUUGAUGUUAAUACGCUGAGGUUGCGGCUGUUUUUUCAUGGUUCUCUGGCUUAGCUGCUCUGUGGUAUGAGAUGGCAACAACCAUGUAAGCAUUUACACAUCAACAAUGAGCAAAGAUGAUUAAAACCAUUCCAGAGCUGUUUUUACAUACUUUUGUAAACUUAGUUUAUAGUGCUUAGUUCGUAAAUAUUUAUAUGAUCGAAUGAAAUGUAAUUGUUCUUACAUGAUUGUGCGUUACCGCUUACGUGCACCUUGUGGGUGAAACUUUUAUUUUCAAUGAAAAAUUAUUCACAUCAGUGUUUUUUUUAUACUUCACUUAUUGUAAUUGUACAGUUUUACUAUUUGUAAUUAUAUAAAUGUAUUGUUUCUA